AUGGAAAGUACAAGCCAUCUGGUAUCACAAGGGUACGGAAGAUAUUUUUUGAACAAUUUUCUUUUGAUUUAUGGCAAUUUUGGUCGUCAAACUUGCAGGGAUGUGCUAUAUUAUUAUCGUCAAACUUGUAAUUAUUACCGCCAUUUAGUACGAACGGACGCGUCUCUGAGAUGUCCCGAUUUAAUCUGAAAUAUCUCGUUCUUUCCCGUUGUAUUGCCCUACAAAAUAUCAUUAAAGUAUCCACUUUACUGUUGUGCAUGUUUGUGUGUGAAAUGUAGACGUUUAUACGCUUUAAGAAACGAGUUUUGAGUAAACGUUCGUUUGUGCUGUCCUAUAGGCAAAACGUCUGUAUUACUUCUGACAACCCCGUUUCUUCAAGUCAUGAAUUAACGUCGUCAGGAAACUCUCCGGACUCCUGUGAUGGGCUGGGAAAGCGAGUGAGGAAGCUGUCAAAUAAAUACGAUGGAUUCGAGCAACCUAUCUCGGUAUAAAGUUGUUUUUUAUAAUUUUCCACAUCACUUUAUACAUAAGUGUGAACGCCAUGUUGAUAUGCUUGGCGAGACGUUUGUAUGAUGUGAGCGGAUGGCUAUAGAAUAUAUUUGGUUGUUUCUAGAGGAAUCAACAACAGACAGACGAGAAAGAAGCAGAAACUGCACCCAAACAGUUCACAACAAACCAACUGCAAUUUUUACAGCGAAUUUUAGUAAAGUCGUUAUGGCGCCAUCGGAUGGCUUGGCCAUUUUUGGACGCAGUCGAUGCUGUCAAGUUAAACUUGCCGGUAAUUUAUUGUCUAAAAGUUUUUGAAAUUUUCUUUCUACAUAUCCCACGUGCUAAAUAUGAGUAUUUUUGUUAGGACUAUUUUGAUAUUAUCAAACGUCCAAUGGACAUGGGCAAAAUAAAGAAAAAAUUGGAGAAAAAUGUGUAUUCUUGUGGCAAAGAGUGCAUUGAAGAUUUUAAUACUAUGUUCAAUAACUGUUAUACAUACAAUAAGCCCGGUGAGGUAUGUGUCCUGUUUGUAUUGUUUCAAAUCAACUUGAUAUUUGGUCCAACUAACGUAGAGAUAAUUUGACAUAGGUCACUAGUCACUUUGUCCUUAUUCAUUGUCUCAUGAAUUAUGAACUGAACUGCUCAAAAAAAUAUUGAAAUACUUGAAUAUUUCAAGUGGAGGCCCUUCGUUCUGAGGUUUAUAAUUGUAACCAUGUCCUAAUGGCCUUCUCUUGAAAUGUCAAAACUUUUUUAAACCAAUUAAGUUGUGCCCUACUUUAUUAUUUUACUCUGUCUAUGAACCCACUAGCACUCUCCGCUUGACAGGAGAAUGGACUGGCAUUCGACAGAGUAAAAAAGUAAGGCAAGGCUGCUCACGGCACAAUGCCACUUGAUGGUUAAUCCUUUUUAGGUAGUUGAGACCUAACAUGCUAGAUUAACCAAAUGUGGCCUACCAACAUGUCCUAAAGACAAACUCAAUCUUAAAACAAUAAAUAGUAAGAUAUUCCAGAAAUACAUGUAAACAGUUCUUGUCAAAACUCCUCACUCUAGUGCCUGCAAUUGACCUUAGAAGUCCUUAUGUCAUGUUACUGUUAACCUGAAGUUCAGGCCCUAUUAAUCACAGAAUAGGGCCUGACACAAAACCUGUGUAGACCGUGGGAUGCCCACAUGUUAGUUGUAGAUGUUGUUACACAAAAAUUUAUAUUCUCAUGAACAUGUCCGCAGAGUCAGUUUCUCUAUUUAACCGAACAGCAAACAAAUAUUUAAUUAGUUCUGUGCACAGCUUGACUGCCAAGCUUUCUCAAGGUCUCAACUUGCUGGACGCGGAUAUAUAUCUAACAGGCUAACAACAGCAACAAUGAAAUUCUCAAUAGUACCACGAAGAAGGCGAUGUAGCUUAGAAAACAACGCCGGUAGGACCUGAUAUUAAAAAUAAGACUUUUGCCGGCAAAGUCAGUUGGCAGAACAUCUUGGCUGUCAACAACAAGCUUUCGAAUACAUGACUAGUUUCAGUAGUUUGGCUGUUCUUUCAGUGUUGUGUGUCCAAAAUUCGUCAAAGAUUUUGAUAAAGCCCUUUCAAAAUACUGUUUGUUUGAUUUAUUUUCUGCCGUAAAGCAUAAAAGAAAAGAAAUUUGAAGAAAUUGAUAAUGGAAUUUGUUACUUGUUUGACCUUUAUAUUAAUUGUUGCCUUGAGCGAGCUAUUUUUAAAACUGUUGUUUAUGUGAACUUGCAGCCAAUCAAAAACUUUAAUGAUGCUGAUCAACCAGUCAGAUUUCCCGUCCACUAGAUGGACGGGAAUCCCACGGUUUAGAUAGGUUUUGUGUCGGGCCCUAUUCUGUGAUUAGGGCCUGAACUUCAGGUUACGUUACUGUCUAGGGAUGAGCCGAUUAAUCGGUAAGUAAUCGGCAAAGCCGAUUAAUCGGCCGUUUUUUAAAUAAUCGGUAAUCGGCCGAUUAUUGCCUGAUAAUCGGCCAUAAGACUUUUUCUGCAGCUGCCAAUCACAUGCUAAAAUACUGAAUACAAGCGAAUAGAUUUUCACAUUUUGUUGCAAAACCUACACAUGUCUUUUGUCUCAAGCGAAGUGAAGCUGGGAACAUUUCCACUAAAAAAACUCUGCAGACUAGCUCCGCAUAGCUGACAGUGCCUUGUUUUUACACCAUAAUCUGCCAAAACUAAACUUUGACUAUUGACAUGAGAGACUGAAGAUGUUUUUAAUUGUACAAAGUGUGUAUUGUAAACAAUAAAACCACAUUUACAACUUCAUUGUUGGUCAUCUUGUGAUUUUUUGCUUGCUUUUUAGAAUAAUCGGUGGGUGCCGAUUAAUCGGCCGAUAAGUUACAAUAAUCGGCUUAAAAAUAAUCGGCCUCAGUAAUCGGCAAUUUUCCUUAUCGGCUCAUCCCUAUUACUGUCAAACAAUGAAUUGCAUUGCAUUAUGUAUACCUAAGUGUUUGGUUGAAAAUUGUGUGAGCUGUACCUCUAAUCUUGUUUAUAUUUGGUUGAAAACCUCGUAUAGGAUGUUGUGCUGAUGUGUGAAGCAUUGGAAAAAGCUUUCAGGGAAAAAUUGAAUAAUAUGCCUCCUGAGGUAAUAUUGUUUUAAAUGUCAAUGCAUGAAAUACUUCUUGGCCUGACUUAUUUUGAGGUUUGAUUUUCUAGGAGAUCAAGAUCGACUUGAGUGCCAAGAAAAGACCAGGGGCUCCUAAAACACCAGUUGUCCCAGUGGAAGCCAAGAAAUCCAAGAGAAUUCCAAAACUAAUGGAGAAAACAACAGGUGAGGAUUAUGUCAUUCUUGGAAAAAACAUCUGCAUGCCCCACUGAGGGAAUCUGGGCCUAUUAACCUAUUGAGUGGUAGCACUCUUCCCUUGAUGAAAAAAAUAAUUUGGGAAUUUAGUAAUUUACAUUGUCAAGAGAGUUCCGGGAUUCAAUGGGUUAACAUAUCCCAAAUACCUGUGGCUUUCACUUGUACAAACAAAGAAUACAAUAUCAAAAUUCACUGUAUUUGUAUUAUCUUUAUGCAGUAGCAGUGGCAGAUAGCACACCCUCUGUGAUCUCUACACCACAGUUAACAAAGGAUGUAGCGCCUGUCAAAGUUGAGAUGCCAACAGUUGUAAACCAAACUCCAACCAUUGUUUCACCACCUCAUAACUCUGCAGCUGUUACAUCUACCUCAACAACACCCACUGUGAUUCCACAGGCGUCAGCAGUGCCUUCUUCCAAGGCAAAGAAACGUAAGGCUGAUACAACAACGCCUGGGAACCUGCCAUCGGAACAACCUCCGGUGAGCAAAGCUGCCAAGAUACCUGCUCGACGUGGUUCUACAAGACCAAUCAAGAAACCUACACGAGAUUUGCCAGAGUUACCUAAUCAGGUAAUUAUUUUUAACAAAAUUGAUACUUUUCACAAAGAAGUUGGUGAUCUCUUAAUUAAUGCAAUUUUUUCUUUACUUUAGCAUCGCUGUAAGAAAAAGCCACAGACUGAACAAAUGAAGUAUUGUAAUGCGAUUUUACGGGAACUGUAUUCCAAAAAGCACUAUGUAAGUCGAGGCCAACUAUUGUAGAUAUUGUGUUCUUUGAGAGACUGAGAACUAAGUCACCGGCUCAAAAUUGUUUCCCUGGUUGAGAUGGCAGUGUUCCACGAAAAACUCUCAUGCGUAGGUAUUAGUAUGGUUUUGAAUGCAAUUUAUUUUUUGACUAGGAGUAUGCAUGGCCUUUCUAUUACCCUGUGGAUGCUGAUGGCUUGGGACUCCAUGAUUAUUUUACAAUAAUUAAGACGCCCAUGGAUCUUACCACUGUCAAGGUAAGUUGGGUUUAGCACCAGCAAUCUCACUUUCGGUUAAUAUUAAUUUUCAAAACAUGACACUAAAUAAAAAUUCUAUUUUCCAUAAAGUCUGUAAGAACUAAAGAGGUUUAAGUUUUCAAAUGUGUUCUUGUGUUCUUGAACCUUUUAUUUUAAAACUGAAGUUAUUUUAGGUUACCCUUUACACAAUUUUGCAUUUUGUCAUGUACUGUUUGCUUAUGUCAAAAAAUACCACAAUUCCUCCUCAUUCAGUUGAAGUAAAAAUUAAAGGGAAAAAAAUGGUUUAGAAGCCUAGAGGGACAACAAUGCUAAAACCUUGACAUACAAUGAUGAUUAAUUUCAGAACAAACUAGAGAAUCGGGAUUAUGGAACUCCAUCACAGUUUGCAGCUGAUGUUCGGAUGAUCUUUACAAACUGCUAUAAAUACAAUCCUUCUGAUCAUGAUGUUGUGAGGAUGGGCCGAAAAUUGCAGGUAAAAAAUGAAUAAAAAGUGUUUCAAGCGAGCGUAGAAGUAUACUAGCCUAUCUAUUUCAGUCUAUGUUAUUUAUAUGUAAUAUUUAGUGAUUUCUACUGCUUCAGGAUGUAUUUGAGAUGAGGUAUGCAAAGAUGCCUGAUGAGCCACCUCCCCCUGAACAACCAUCUUCAGCAUCACAAGAUACAGAGACUGGAGUGGGUUCCUCAGAUGAGGAGCAAGGGGGGUCGGAACAUAGUUACGAGUCUGAGGAUGAAGAUCGUAAGUCUGAGAGUGAAGAUGCUAGAAAACAGAUCAAUGACCUGCAACAACAGGUACAGUUGCAUUCUACAAAAUCAAGUUGGUAAAAAUGGUGACAUCUUUUGACAGUUUUUGACUUUCAGUACGAAUUACUCAUGCUAAAGUGGUCCCAUUGAGUGCCAGCAUUGUCCCCGUGACAAGUAAAAUUGUCUGGUAGUUAGACUGAGUAAAGUAAGAGAGUGGGAUGGUUCUUUUGUGUCAUAUCCCAGCUCCUUCAUUCGUAACAGAACCUGGCUUGUUCAAAGUCUAACCUGCAUAAUUGUAAAGAAUUCUAUUAUUGCACAGCCAUGCAUAUUUGAGAAGAUUGCUAUCCCUAUGUCGUUGUUAACUUGCCAAACUCUUUUCUUCAGUUGAUGUCAGUCACGGAGCAACUCAGCAAAUUGACUGGACAAAAUGUGCUUGUAAACAAGAAAACGAAGAAAUCAGAGAAAGAUACGAAAAGAAAGAAAAAGCCAAAGGAUGUCACGACAAAGAGCUCAACAACGAAGACGAAACCGAAAACAAAAGAUCAUAAACCACAUAAAGAACCAAAACAGGCAAAGCCAAAACAAAAAUCUGGGAACAAAUCUGCAUCAAAACGAUCAUCUAAAAGCAAGUAAGUUGUUGUUUAUGUGAACAAAAUCAAAAUAGUAGAUGUUGGUUGUAGUUAAAAGUUGACCCUUUAAGUUAAGUGGCAAUGUGUAUGUGCCCCUAUGCAGCCUACUUGAUUAUUUUACUCUGUCAGACAAUUUUACUUUCAAGGGAGAGCACUGCCACUCAAUUUAUCAACCACUCCAAGUUCAUCUUCGUCCCUAGGGCCUCUCGGCCGCGCACGACCUCAUUAGACCCUGGGACACAAGGAACCGGAAGUGCAAGAACACUUGGAAUAGUUUCUAAAGCGGACGCUCUUGAAUUGGGACGCUUUAGCACCCGUUACGAUUUCCACAGUGAAGUAUUACGAAGAAACAAAGUAUUUGUGUGUUGACAUAUGUUGAUGGAAUAGUUUUGCCUAGCGAAAAUUGCUCAACUUCUGCGAAAUAGCAGUUCUCUGAGAAGCCAAUCAUAUAUCUCCCUUUAGUCGUCUAACCCUGAGCCUAAUCCGAGUGAAAACGGCUCAGCUACCUGUAUACAAUAUAGUUGUGCUAAAUUAUUGUAUUUUUGUAGACUUGCUCAAAAGAAAAAGAAGGAAGAAAUUGAAAGUGAAGAUGAGGAAGACUCGAAGGCGAUGACGUACGAUGAGAAGCGCCAGCUUUCUUUAGACAUCAAUAAAUUACCAGGUGAUAAACUUGGCCGAGUGGUGACAAUUAUCCAGUCUCGAGAACCAACAUUACAAGAUUCCAACCCAGAUGAAAUUGAAAUUGACUUUGAAACAUUAAAACCAUCAACUUUGAGAAAGCUUGAAGAAUAUGUGCAGUCCUGUUUGAAGAAAAAGCAUAAAGCACCAGGUCAGUUGGCUUCUAGUUUGCUCACUUUGAAUAGCCCUGGUGGCAAGUCAUGUGAGCAUGUUGUUACUGCCUGCUACUCUACAGUUGGUAAUAUGUCAAAUCUCUGUAAUGUCACGACUUCGAUCAGUAUUUUUUGAUACCAGUGUUUGCCCAGGGUUAAAUAUUUCCAAUGUUGAGAUACUUUCUUCUUGUAUUCAGCAAUGAAGAAAGCAAAGUCUCAGGAGGAAAGAGAUCAAGAGAAUGCUAAAAGAAGACAAGAGUUGGAGAAGAGGUUACAGGUGCGUUUUUAUUGCUUGCCCAGUACAAAGUUUUGAAACUGUAACUUAACAUGUUUUACUUUGGCAGGAUGUCAGUGGACAAUUGACGGGAGCAUCUGCCACAAAGAAACCUUCAAAAAGUGGGAAAGGUAUGUGUAGAAGUGACAUCGUUAACCACCUGGGGACGGUUGUUCAAAGCUGGGUUAGCUUAACCCUAGGUUAACUUAAAAUUGAAAGCAAACUUCCCAAGAUAUUGUUUAUAAAUUUUGAAAUAUUUCUUCAGAGAUCUUGUCUGAAUCAGUAGGAGUUGUCUUCUCUGAAGUUUUGAAAUAAACAGACGUGCAGAAAUACACAAACUAAAACAACAGAUGAAAUUUUAACAGAGGGUUAGCGUUAAUCCACCUUUGAACAACUGGCCCCAGGUCAAACCAUGAGACUGUCAUGCAUUCUGACAUUUCAAGCUGUAGACUAAUAAAAUAAAAAUUUUCCAACUAGGAUUCUCUUUCUCUUUUGUUAACACUUUCAUUGCCUCCUUCCAGGUGAUGGUCAAUCAGCGUUGGACAUUCUUGGCGACGAAAUGCGACAAUCUCGACUGAGUGAAAGCAGCAGUAGUAGUGGCAGUGGGUCUGGAAGCAGUUCGGGAUCCAGUUCGGGAUCGAGCUCCUCUGGUUCGGAAAGUUCCGAUUCUGAAGCAGGUAGCUAAGAUCACGUAGACAACUUUGUUCAUUACCUGAACAUACGUUGUCAUCACGUGGACAGACUCACCUGACUAACCGGAUAAAUCACGUGAUAAAUGGACAUAGUUCCAUUGCCACAACCACCCAUAGGCAACUAAGUUUGACCCAAACCGUUGAUGAAAGUUUCAAUUGUGUGAGUUUUAUUUAUAGUGCCCAGUUCCCUUGCGUUGCCAAUCAUUGUACGUUGCCAUGUGUCGGAUUUCUGCAAGGAUGCAUUGUAGUAAAGUGGGAUAAUCUAGGAAUGUUUCCUAUAUAGAACCGGAUGGGGUCAAUGGUGUUUUGAGAAUGAUAACAUUUUUCUUGGAGUGUUGGUCAUUGUUCAGAGCAAAGUAUUUUUUGUCAUUUUUCGCCUUGCUUCGUUGCUGCUGCUUUUCAAAGUUUCAUGUUAUUACUUACGCUUAGUGUAACCUAUGGCUCGCUUUGAACUGAAGCCAGUACACUCUCGAGAUGUUAUGCGGCUGCGUGAAUAAUUUCUCGUGUAGAACAAAGAUUUUAACGAACGUUCUCGCUGCUUUAAACUUUAUAACUUGGUUCUUUUACGAAACAUCCCAUUGUGUUCUCGCGUGAACCACAAAGGAUGCAUACAAAAUAUCCUUGUUAUGUUACAAUGCAUCCCAGAAAUAUUUCAAUACACGGUAAAUGUCUGUAUUGUAAUCGCAAAAUGGAACUCUCCCUUCCCUCCUCAGUUUAUGGUUGAUGGUUUAUCGCUGUAAAUAAACGUUCAGGUUGUAUUACUUCGCUAAGGACAAUAGAACUGUGCCUGUAGAACUGCAAUGUAAAUAAAAAAUAAUAAUUUGUGAACAUCUGUGUGUCUUUUUGUGUCUCAUGAGUUUCAUUUUGGAUUACAAUACGUCGGAUUUCGUGUUCCAAGGCUUGCCUUUGUCGCAAUGUUCGCUCAAUGAAUUGCCAUGUUUCCAGAACAUCGAUGCAAGAUGAUAAGACAAUAGCCAUAUGUAAUCGAGAAUUUGGGGGGUAGAUUAUGGUUCUUGCUUGGAGAACCUACGACGCAGGACGGCUAGUAAUAGAAUAAAAUUUAGAAUACACCCCAGAAUAUGCCCUUUUGCCCGCAAAGCCUCGUUUUCAUGAUUCAGACUUUGGGCUUUAAUCUCACAUACACCAAGAUGACCACCACUUUCUUAGUACACUUCCAUAGAUGACCACCACUUUCUUAGACACUUCCAAGAUGACCACCACUUUCUUAAACACUUCCAUAGAUGACCACCACUUUCUUAGACACUUCCAUAGAUGACCACCACUUUCGUAGACACUUCCAUAGAUGACCAUCACUUUCUUAGACACUUCCAUAGAUGACCACCACUUUCUUAGACACUUCCAUAGAUGACCACCACUUUCUUAGACACUUCCAUAGAUGACCACCACUUUCUUAGACACUUCCAUAGAUGACCACCACUUUCGUAGACACUUUCAUAGAUGACCAUCACUUUCUUAGACACUUCCAUACAUGACCACCACUUCCGUAGACACUUCCAUAGAUGACCACCACUUUCUUAGACACUUCCAUAGAUGACCACCACUUUCGUAGACACUUUCAUAGAUGACCACCACUUUUGUAGACAUGCGCUUGACGUACCAGCGUGUUCUCUCAAUUCAUCCCGUGUGGAUGAGACAAUAGAGACCUUACAUUUUUAGGACGGCAACGCGACGACGACGGCCAAAACAAACUCAUUCAAAUACAGCAAAGGAGGGGAAUCAGCGCAAUUCUUAAAUUAAGUCUAGCAGGGCGCAUCAGUGGCGUAGGAAGCAUUGGGGGGGGGGGGGGGGGGGCACGUUCCUUCUGUUCAAAUUGGUGUGCAGGGGCCGUUUGUAUAAAAAAGUGAUUCAAGUUAACUGUAGUUAAUGGCAACGUCAUCCAAUAAGAAGCGCAAAAUAGUGAUUAAGAGGUUUAUACAACCGGCCCCUGAUCAUAAAUUAUACCCAAUAGCGUUUGUGGAAAAUGCCUCUGGACAUGCAAAUAAGGCCAGCUUGUGCAGACAUUUUUUCGACAUGUCUAGCAUAUCUCGCUUGGGUGUAAAUGUGUGUAUGGUAUAAAAUGGUCCAACGUCGUGUGCGACAUAUCAGAGACCUUACGAUUUUAGGAUGGCAACGCGACGGCCAAAACAAACUCCUUCAAAUAAAUGGUAGUAAAGAUAGUUCAUGGUAUAUUAUCACUCGUAUGAAUUUAAUACAGUCUUAGAAGUUAAAGACAUGGGUUUUAUGGUUGGGAAUAGUUCUGCUGAACCCAGUUUGAAGUUGCACUUGUUGCGGCUUGGAAUGCAGCCGUUGUAUCACGACGUGAAAAUCUGUGAUUUAGUGGCCUCGUCUGAACAUUGUUUUAGAUGUUGUGCAACAUUUCAGGUUUAUGCUUAUUAAUCAUUGACAUGCGUGAACAUAAAGAGAUAACGUGUGUUUUUUUUUUGUUCUGUAGAAACUACAAAAGCGAGUUUAAAGACGACAGAAAAGGUAACAUUAAGAAAUCUCAUCAGUAUCCCUGUAAUCUUAUAAUAUAAAAUAGUCAACAAUGUAUGGUAUUUCUCACCAUGUUAAUGGUAGUAUUUUGUGGUUUUCAGACGAAGUCAAAAAAGUCUGUUGAUCUAAAGGAUUCGUCAACAACAGUCACUACCACAGGUGAGGAUUAUCUCACUGUCCAGAUGGUAUAACAUGGUAUAACCAUAUAACAUGGUAUAACAUGGUAUAACCAUAUUAUACCAUGAUGAUAUAACAUGGUAUAACCAUACAAUAAUAUUGAUGGUAUAACCAUAUACAUAAUAUUGAUGGUAUAACAUGGUAUAACCAUACAAUAAUAUUGAUGGUAUAACAUGGUAUAACCAUAUACAUAAUAUUGAUGGUAUAACAUGGUAUAACCAUACAAUUAUGAUAUAAGUUAUAACCAUUUGUUUCCACAACUUAGGUAUAUUUACAUGUUAUAUGUGUUCAUGUAACACAACAUCAGAUCACUAACACCUCUCAAUGUGUUGACACAAGUGACCAACUAUGCAACUUGUUGUUUAUUUCAGCCCCAGUGGUAAACAUCCCCCCACUUCCCAGUCAAACGGUCCAACCCAUGAAAUCAUCCCCACCCAUGAAAUCAUCCCCACCCACUGUACUCAAGCCAUUACCUCCAACAAAGAAACCUCCUACAGCUAUAAUCCCACCUCAACCCAAACCUAGCCCCGCCCCCUUACCUAAACUCCCCCCACUCCGUCCUUCCUCCAUUCCGGUUGCUGUAACAAAACCUCAGGUCAUCUCGAAGCCUUUGACCCCACGCACAGUGGACCCUCCUAAACCUUCUGAAAACCUUUCAAAAACUACGGUAUCAAAAGAUUCAAGCAAACCAAUGAAUCCUCCCAAUGUCCAGUCUUCUAUAAUAGCAACCUCGGUGACAAAAGAUAAGGUUUCCCACGUGAAUAAAGAGAAAACGAUAAUUAAAGAUAACAAGACGACAUCGAAAGACAAAACAGGAUUUGUGCUGCCAACCCCUAAACCAGUAGCAACUAAACCAGGUAUUAUUUACCGAAAUAUUCCUAUUAUGUUUUUUUUGCAAACUAUUCUUAAUUAAACACUUUGUUUAUUAGGUGCUGGGUUGUCUUACGCAGUCGGUGAGCUGCCAAAUUCCUUGGCCAACCUUGGUGAGAACAAUAUUUUGUGUUCCAGUUGUAUAUUCACAAUUGUAUAUAAUCUCGCAAAAUUUCUACCUGCAAAAACCCUUAAACUCUUAGUUCUGUUGAGUGAGAUGCCCAUACCUUAUUCUCACAUCAGGGAUGGAUUUACUGGCGGGUGCACCACCCUAGCCUUAGCAGGGGGGGGGGGGUAUGUGCUAUUUUUCAUGAUAUAAAUGCAAAACAUAAUAGAGACAAAAUGAGGGAUCCAUCCCUGUCUGCCAUCACCCACUAUACAGCAUAUAGCUCUGUUCGUUCUGCACUGGAAUCGUAGUGCCGUAUAUUAGUUUCCUACCAGAGUGCCUCGUAGCUAGCUCUUGAUAAUUGUGUAGGAUAAGUAAUUACAGUGUGUAUAAUUUGUCUCUUACAGCGUCUAAACCAGAUGCAGGAAAAAAGGUAUAUUUGUUUAUUAUUAUAUUUGUCUACUUGAAUAAAAUUCUGAAAUAAAUUAUUAGUGUCACAUUGUGGCAUUGCGGGCUUAAAUUCCUGCCAGGACUUGGGAUAUUGUCCGCUGUCACUUGCUGGAAAAAAACCUGCUAAAUUCACGCAAUACUUAGCAGAUUGCGUGUGUGUGUGUGUGUGUGUGUGUGUGUGUGUGUGUGUGUGUGUGUGUGUGUGUGUGUGUGUGUGUGUGUGUGUGUGUGUGUGUGUGUGUGUGUGUGGGGGGGGCUGUAAUGAAAUCAUGUUGCAUGAGGGGGGGCUAAGGUGGUUCAUUAGUCUUUAUCAUGUAGCAGAAUGAAGAUGAUAUAAUGUCAUGUAUUUGGUGGCAAAUAAAUAGAAUAUACAGAGAUAUUGUUCAAUUUCCUUGCUCCUAUAUAUAGUAGUAGUGAAAACACAAUUUAAUUAUUUAUACAUUUAUAUAGAGAAUAAUACAUAGGUGCUUGGAAAUACCAGAUUUAUUUCGAGUGUUGAACAUGAUAUCUCACGAGUGAGCGCAGCGAACGAGUGAGAUUUCAUGUUCAACACUCGAAAUAAAUCUGGUAUUUCCAAGCACCCAUGUAUUAUUCUGUUUAUUAUAUAAAGGACAGUCUUUGAAAAGCGAUAUUUUUUACAGAAGAGCGAAAAUUGAAAAGCGAUAAUUUUCACAUGUGAGAUUAUCAUAAAUAAUCUCACAUGUGAGAUUAUCACUUUUAUCAGUGCAUAAAGCACUAUACUUAUAAAGCACUAUACUUUAUAUAAUAAAUAACAGUAAUCAUUUUGUAGAACACCAUGUAAGAUAUUCUAUUUGUCGCUACAGGACUCGAAGGCAAGGCCCACAUCAUGGUCUAGUUUCGGCUCAGCGGGUUCACCUGGAGUUCCAAAUUCAACACCAGUCUCCAACUCUGUGUCAACUGAAAACAGUUUCAAAAAAUUCCAACAGCAAGCCCAAGAGAAAAUGGAGAGGGUAAGUCUACAUGACAUGAUUAAUUUAGUCUCAUGAAUAUAGCCCUGGGCACCAAGUAUUUCAAAUAGAGGAUACCACUAACCAUAACCAUGACAUUUGAGCCUAAACUUGAGUUUUGUGAUUAGAACGUAUAUUUAAUUACUUCACAAUAUUGCAGGAGAAAGCAUUGAAAUCACAAGAAGAACAAUUAAAACCAAGGUCAGAAACCGACAAACUGAAGACAGAGGAAAAGAGGUACCGUUAAUUAUCUUCUAAUAUCCAGGUUCGAUUCCCACCGUGGCCAAGCAUAUUUUUCAAGCCUGCCCCGUGUGGAUAUACACUCAAAGUAACAUCACACAAGCAUAAUAUCCAUAACGUUGGCUAGUGAAUUUGAACCAGAGUAUUCUAAUAUAAUACUUGUUAAUCUAAUUUGUUUGAGGAUUCAUUUCGGAAUGAGAGUAGUGAUACAUGUGUGAUAUUUAGAAAUGUUGAGGAGACUGAUGGCGGUAAAGACGAAGCAGCUGAACGUCAGAGAGAAAUUCAGAGACGUCGAGAAGAGGCAAGGCGUAACAGACAAGCUGUAAGUAUUGCACACCAGGUUAUUCACAACAAUCCAAAAAGUGUAUUUCAAUUUUUGUUACUAAAUUCCCCAGGUGAAAAGCAUCAUGGUGCUCUGUGACAUAAGUCUGACAUUAUGUUUCCGCUUCAUCAUGGAACUCAUUCUCCUCAUUUUUCCUUGCACAGAAAGCAGCAUCAAUUGACAUGAACUUCCAAAGUGACAUAAUGGCUUCAUUUGAAAAUACUAUUGGAUAG